AUGUUUGACUUCUGGCUCUGCGUUGCGAUUGUAGUGGCUGCAUAUGCAUUACUGUUGCGAGCACGGAAGAAACUGCUUCCUCUUCCACCUGCAUCUCGGCCAGGUCCAGGGUCGUACUUAGCAGGAGAACACGAACCCCCUUGGAAGACCUACCAGCGCUGGUCUCUGAAGAUAGGACCUCUUGUCACUGUAUCGAAACUGGGACAUCCCAUCAUAGUCAUUAAUUCCGCGAAGGACGCUACCGAAUUGCUAGAUAAACGAUCAACAUUCGCCUCCAAGCCGCGCUGGCCGAUGGCAGAACUCCUUGGCCGUCAGAACAACGUUGGCUUUCAGUACUACGGCGAGCGUCUCAAACGAUCACGCAAGGUCCUACAUGCCGCUCUUAAUCCAGAUGCCAUCGCAAACAAGUGGAGCGAGUUGCUCGACACGCAGUCGAUCAAAUUGAUGCGACAGCUUGCUUCUGACCCCUCUGCGUUCUACUCGCACAUUCAGAAUAACAUCGAGGAGCUCGUCGUGCUAUUUGCUUACGGACGGGAGCCUGAGCCGGAAUACACAAGAAUAGCCAAAGCUGUCAUGGAGCAGACGAGCAUAGCACUCCAACCAGGUCGAUGGGCUGUCAAUCGCAUUCCAAUAUUUCCGUUGCAAGUGAAGUAUCUUCCGACAUGGCUCCCCGGUGCAGGCUUCCAGCGCUGGGCUAAAUCCGCCAGAACUCUGUUCUACCAGAUGACCAGAGGCCCGUUCCUUGAAGUGAAGGCUGAGAUGGAACUGGGCACGGCAACGGAUUCAUUCGUGAAGCACUCCCUUGUGAACCUAGGACAAAAUCGCACUGUUGACAGCGAAGAUAUCAUCAUGUGCGCCGCUGGGAGUCUAUACAGUGCUGGGAUAGAGACACUUACUAGUACCAUUCUCACUUUCAUCCUCUUCAUGGCCCGCCAUCCUGAGGUACAGGACCGUGCAUACAAGGAGAUUAUGCAAGUCGUGGGAAAUCACCACCUCCCUGACAUCACGGACCAACGCGCGCUGGUCUAUGUCGACUGUGUGAUACGAGAGGUGCAUCGCAUGAAUCCUGCUAUUCCCCUCGUGACACACAGCAACACUGAAGACGCCGACUAUUCCGGAUGCCACAUACCUAAGCAAAGCUGGAUCAUGGGCAAUAUAUGGUCAAUGCUGCAUGACGAGACGGCGUAUCCCAGAGCAGAAGAGUUCCUACCAGAUCGUUACUUGCAUGCGGGAGACGGAAGUGCUCCUAGGGAUCCAAGAACACUUGUCUAUGGUUUUGGUCGAAGGUUAUGUCCAGGAUUGCAUUUUGCUAACACGGUGGUGUAUCUUGUGGUGGCUCGUACCUUGGCUCUGUACAAGAUUACGCCGGAAAUAGUGAACGGCGAACCUCGUAACUCUGACCUUAUCCUAGUACCCCUGUACGAUUUGAAUGCAGCAUAG